AUGCAGUGGCGCCAACAAAGCAUACAAAUUACAGAUCUGUAUGAAAUUAUUAAGUCGUUGCAGGCAACUGUGGAAACUUUACAAAAACAGAUAGCAUCAAGGCAAGAAACAAAGGCAACGGAAAAUUUUGAAGAUAUCAUCACCGAAAUCGCAGAAAGAAAGAAAAGAGAAAAUAAUUUGAUCAUUUUUAAUCUCCCGGAAUCGGAAACAACUGAUGAGUGUAAAAUCAAAGAAAUUUUGUCAAACAUUACGAACGAGGACAUUAUGAUUAAAAUCACAAGAAGACUUGGCAAGGAAAAUAGUAACUCAGUCAGGCCUUUAAAAAUUGAAUUGAUAAAAAAAGAAGAUGUGUAUACUGUUUUAAAAAACAAACAUAAACUAAAGACUCAGGAAUUGAAAAUUCAGAUUACAACAGAUAAAACGCCUCUGCAAAGACAACAUUUUAAAAGUCUACUGGAAAAAAUUGAGCAGCAUAAACAGUCUGGAGAGACUGACAUGUACAUAAAAUAUGUGAAUGGAAAUCCCGUAAUAUCCAAGGGAAAAAACAAUAGUAUAGACCAAUGCGAAAGCACAUUUGUUGAGGAAGGACAAGGGGAUUCUUCAGACAAGAGCCUACCGAAACAUGACUCUGAAGUUAAAUUAAGCGAGGAAAUUGUAGAUAAUGACAAAGCGACAAGACAUUUUCAGAAAAGAACUGUAAGUCAAGUCUUAAAAGAAGUGGUUAUAUUUCCUGAACAGGAAGAGUCUGUAAAAAGAAAUAAAAAUAAGAACCCUUUGCCAGCUGUGGUCACAUCGGAUAAAUGGAUUGAAAUAAUGACGGCGAAAGACAAUGAAAAGUUGGCAAAGGAAACGACUAUUAAGAAUAAAAGAUUACAGAAGCAGUUAAAGAGUUCAGAAAAGAAAAAAUGUAAUAAAACGCAGAUGAAAAAUAGUAACCAAGCAGAGGAGGAAAAGGAAAAUCUGGGGCAUGAAGAUGUAAGCAAUGAAGUUGAUGUGCUGGUAAACAACAGCAAUGAAGAGAUUGGAAUAGGGAAUUACGUAAUUGUGAGGUAUGAUAAAGAAUAUUAUCCUGCUAAAGUUGUCAAUCAAAGAGAAAAUGAGUAUUAUUGCUGUGCUAUGUCAAAAAGUGGUGCAAAUAGAUGGAAAUGGCCAGAUAAAAAUGAUUUGUUGUGGUACCCAGCAGAUGAUGUUUUAUUGAAGAUUAAGGAACCGAAACUCAUUAAUACAAGAGGUGUUUUUUCGGUGCCAAAAAUGAGAGACUUUAUGAAUGACAAUUAG